AGCCGAGAGGCGGCAGAUCGCCCGCCCCCAUCCCUCAUCCCCAUCUCUUCCCUGGCUGGACAGGCGGCGGGUCGAGACUCUGUAAGGACAGAGAUUCAGAACAAGGCUUCUCGAAUGUGAUGGUCCACAGAUCAGCAGCAUUACCAUUAUCUGGGAGCUUGUGAGGACCACCAGAUCCCACCACAGACCUUCUAAAUCAAAAAUCUACAUUUUAACAAGACCCUCAAGUGAUUUGCAUGUACAAUAAAGGUUUAAAUUUUUGAAAUUGAAAUAGGUCUACACAUUAGGAACUCAUGUCUUUUCUUGUAAGUAAACCAGAGCGCAUUAGGCGGUGGGUCUCGGAAAAGUUCAUUGUUGAGGGCUUAAGAGAUUUGGAACUAUUUGGAGAGCAGCCUCCGGGUGACACUCGGAGAAAAACCAAUGAGGCGAGCUCAGAGUCGAUAGCAUCCUUCCCCAAGCAGGAGAUCAUGAGCAGCUUCCUGCCGGAGGGCGGCUGUUAUGAGCUACUCACUGUCAUAGGCAAAGGAUUUGAGGACCUGAUGACAGUGAAUCUAGCAAGGUACAAGCCAACGGGAGAGUAUGUGACUGUACGAAGGAUUAACCUAGAAGCUUGUUCCAAUGAGAUGGUGACGUUCCUGCAGGGGGAGCUUCAUGUCUCUAAACUCUUCAACCAUCCCAACAUCCUGCCAUAUCGAGCCACCUUUAUUGCAGACAAUGAGCUGUGGGUUGUCACAUCAUUCAUGGCAUAUGGUUCUGCAAAGGAUCUCAUCUGCACACACUUCAUGGAUGGCAUGAAUGAACUGGCGAUUGCUUACAUCCUGCAGGGCGUGCUCAAGGCUCUGGACUACAUCCACCACAUGGGAUAUGUACACAGGAGCGUCAAAGCCAGCCACAUUCUGAUCUCCGUGGACGGGAAGGUCUACCUGUCUGGUCUCCGCAGCAACCUCAGCAUGAUCAGCCACGGGCAGCGGCAGCGGGUGGUCCACGAUUUUCCCCAGUACAGCAUCAAGGUUCUGCCUUGGCUCAGCCCGGAGGUCCUCCAGCAGAAUCUGCAGGGUUAUGAUGCCAAGUCUGACAUCUACAGCGUGGGAAUCACAGCCUGUGAGCUGGCCAAUGGCCAUGUCCCCUUUAAGGAUAUGCCUGCCACCCAGAUGCUGCUCGAGAAACUGAACGGCACAGUGCCCUGCCUGCUGGACACCAGCACCAUCCCCGCUGAGGAGCUAACCAUGAGCACCUCGCGCUCAGCGGCCAACUCUGGCCUGAGCGACAGCCUGGCCACCAGCACCCCCAGGACCUCCAAUGGUGACUCACUAUCCCACCCCUACCACCGCACAUUCUCCCCCCACUUCCACCACUUUGUGGAGCAGUGCCUUCAGCGCAACCCGGAUGUAAGACCAAGUGCCAGCACCCUCCUGAACCAUUCUUUUUUCAAGCAGAUCAAGCGACGCGCCUCAGAGGUUUUGCCCGAGUUACUUCGUCCUGUCACCCCCAUCACCAGCUUUGAGGGCAGCCAGUCUCAGGAGCACAGUGGGAUCUUCGGCCUAGUAGCAAGCCUGGGAGAGCUGGAGGUGGACGACUGGGAGUUCUGAGCCUCUGAAGAAGGUGCACAUUUCCCAGCACGCGAUGGACAUGUGAGCCUCCAGGGCCCCUCUUGAGGGCUGGCCACAUUCCCACCCUCCAGGGUGCAGAUUGUGUAGAAAAGACAUUUCUGCCAGGAGAGUUGCCUGCUUGCUGGCGGGGAAAGAAAGUCCUGGAGAGAAACUUUUCUUUACUGCUCCAAUGUUUCUGAGACACCAACCAGGGAGCCAAACAGGCCAGAAAGCUGACAUUCCCAGCCCUGGGAGUUCAGUGACCUCUUCAGAAGGAAGAGAUGCCAUCCUGGCCCUGGGGGCUGAAGUUCAAGUCCAAGGUUUGACUCAUUGACACAGAGAACUGUGUGACUACUUCUCCCCACUCAUGCUCUCCUACCAGCCAAAUUCCAUUCUUUCCCAGUGCUCCCAGAUCCUGUAGGCCCAUGGAGAGGCAAGCAAUAAGCAACCUGCGCCCCCUCCCUCUCCCCUCUUCCUAAUAAUUGGAGGAAAGGGUAUUUUUUUUCUUUCUUAGCACCAGUUUAAGCCUGGGCAGUUUGUCCUGAUCCUUGUUAUCACUUGGGCCCUGACACCUAAAGCCUCCUUCCAUAGUUCGUCUGUGUAGUGCAUUCCUUUCCCACCAAGAGUCCAUCUCCCCGCCCCCUGCUGCUGCCUUGGUGCUUUCUCUGAGGGCCGCAAUGUCUUGCCUAGCCAGAGGGCUUUAAGUCACCGCGUUAAUUUUAUUGUCAGAACGAAUUAAAGUUUUCAGAAAACCCACUGGAGAGUGCACUGCUGUAUGGUGUUCACCAUGCAGGCUCAGACACGUCUCAUUCCACCCUGGGUUCUGCCAUCCAAGAGAGAGCGGUCCCACAAGUGCUCAAGGACGCACAGCAGUGAUCUCUUUCAUUAGUAGACAGCCUCACUACACCAAUUCUUUAAAACCCAUAACAGAUUUGCCUUAACUGUCUGGAAAUUAGAGACUGUUAGUUUUAGCCUGUGGGCAUCUAAACACUUUCGAAGCUGGAAAGGUCCAGGUGCUGGAGAUCAGCCCCUCUGAGGGCAGGACCACUUCUGGGCCACUAGGAGUCCAGGCAGAAGAUGCUCACCUUUGGCAGGAAAGGAGGUGGAGGGUUUAUUUUGUAACAUGACUUUCGGUGUCUCCUUACCACUGGAACUAAUACCCAAAGAGCUGGUAACCUAAGAAGCAGGCCAGCCCCCUGCCCUGUCAUCCUGGCUGGCAGCCAGCGAGGCCAGGCCUGGGGGCGCUUCUCACCUGGGUCUUCUUGGUGCUUCCCAGCCUGCAGGUGGCUGGCUCAGCUCUGCAGCCUCCCUCCUGCCAGUCCCCGCAGGGUGAGGUACUUCAAAUGUCAGAUUAAGGAAGCGCCCCUCCCUCUUCCCUGAAGCCACUUUGAACUUUCAAAUGCUCUUGCUUUCCCUUCCCUCAGAAAUUAACACCAGUUUAAAAAAGAAAAAACCCUCCUCCUCUGGCAGUUACUGGGAUUGAUGUGAAGGAAUGGCACCCACCAUGAGGUGGGGUGUGGAGACCUGAAAUGGAGUGAGGACAGUCACAUUUAUUUCCAACCCUCCUCUCUCCUGCUCAGCUUUUUUUUUUCCUUUAAACCUCAAGUUCCCUUUUCUUAACAUCAUUAUCAGCCAGCCUUCUUAGUAAACUGCUUUCUUCACCUA